CGCGAGGUGACGUUUCAAUUUCCCGCCCCCCACUCCCGUGAACGUCAGUUCGGGCCAAUAUGGCCGCCAUGUCAAGUGAGUGUUAACGUCGUGUCCCGUGGUAAAAAUGUCAACAAAUCGCCCCCCUGGGUCCGGAAAAAAAAGGGGCCAUCAGCACCACCCCCGAAACGAAGGUACCAGACGUAGGCCGAUACUGGAACCGGUAGUGGGGCCCCAGUUAAGCGUUUACAGUACGGAAAAUGUGUUGACAAAAGUCAACAGGGGGGCUGAAGUAACCAAAACAUUGUCGGAAAACCAACAGAAAUCGGACAAGGGAAUCGUUUCGGGGGUUGACAGCAGUUCUCAAGUAAAUUGUGAUAUACCCGUGAUAGAUUUAACUCAAUGUGAUGAUGAUUUAUUAGAAGUUAAGUCUGAAAAAGUAGUUUUAAAUGAUAGCAGUAGUAGUAGUCCUAUUGUAACGAAAAGUUUGAAAAACGAUAAGAAUCAACGAAUCAAAAAGUCCAAGAAGAGUAAACAAGAUACUCCGCCUCGAAAGAGUUCCAGUCAGAGUUCGUUUGAUAAUGAGGACAUGUCUUUGGUAGAAAGACCUGAGGCGGAGGGGUCCAGUUUGAGUGACCAAGAAACCGAAAAGGUCGACGUCGACCCCGAAAUUGAAGAGUUAGCCAAGCUUCGCUGUACGUCCGAAAGGACCGAAGUGAUAGCUGAGAAGGAAAUGAGGAAACGAGGCAGGAGAUGUGCAGAUUAUCCCGGUCUCGCCUUCAGUUCCACAUUCAGUUCUGAUACCAUUAUGAAGUUCAGCAUCAUUAGGAACGAGAUUCAGAAUAUUAUGAAUACACAAUUGAAAAGGGCCGAAUCCGAAGUGGCCGCCCUGAACCGUCGCAUCCAGCUCUUGGAAGAGGACCUGGAACGUUCCGAGGAGCGUCUGGCCACGGCCACCGCCAAAUUGGCCGAGGCCUCACAAGCGGCCGACGAAAGCGAAAGGAUACGCAAAGCUUUGGAAAACCGGACGAACAUGGAAGACGAUCGGGUCUCUGUAUUGGAACAGCAGUUGGCGCAAGCCAAACAGAUCGCCGAAGAGGCCGAUAAAAAAUACGAAGAGGUCGCCAGGAAGUUGGUACUUAUGGAACAGGAUUUGGAACGGGCAGAGGAGCGAGCGGAAGUUGCUGAAAGCAAAAUCGUAGAGCUUGAGGAGGAACUCCGCGUCGUAGGCAACAACCUUAAAUCCCUCGAGGUCUCAGAAGAAAAGGCCACUUUAAAAGAAGAAGAGUAUUCGGUGACGUUAAAGCAGGUGACGCAGCAACUGAGAGAGGCUGAAGCCCGUGCCGAAUUCGCUGAACGUUCGGUCCAAAAGUUGCAAAAGGAGGUCGACAGACUAGAAGACGACCUAUUAGCGGAAAAAGACAAGAACAAAAUACUCGCGGACGAGAUGGAGGCCACGCUGCACGACAUACAGAAUAUGUAAACCCAUACAUAUUAUUAUUAUAUAAAUAUAUUAGCGAGGGAGCAUUUUUUUAUUUUUUUUUACAUAAAUUUUAUAUACAAUCAAGAAGAAUAAUUGUCACGCGUCCACAAGAAUAUGUAUGGUCCGCCAUUUUUCAGAUCAUUUAGAAGAACCACGAAAGGUUUUAGCCAAAGUUGAUCCGAAAAUGGCCACGACCGUAUUAAAAUAUUUCAUAAGUAGCUUUAUUUAUGAUCAUUAUGAUAGUUUAUGCCAUUUUUUUUUUAAAUUUCAAAUGUUGCUCAUGUAAGAUCAAACCAGAAACAUUCCGAUUUAUUCCAGAAUUUGCUGUGCUUAUUAUGCGAUAAAGUUCUCUUACAGGGUGUCCUGAAAUUGCGGUAUCCCAACAUUGAAUUCUUUGUGCAAAAUAAGCGAAUUUUUAGCGAAAGUUUAAGAAAAUAUAUAUUUUUUAGUCGUUACUAGUCGAUAUAUUUUUAUGGAAUUUGGUACAGGACUUUGAAGUAAUAAAAGGCAUUUUUUGAACUAAAAGUUUUUAAAUCGGUUAUUUUCAAUUAAAUUAUCUUAAAGAAAAAAGUUUUUUUUUCUAAAAUCCAGGUUCAGUUUGGAGCAAAUUUGAUUCUCUGCCUUUUGUUCCAACGAUGCACAGUUUUCAAGUAAAAAAAUAAAAACCAAAGAAAAAAUCCAUUAAUGGUCUCCCUUUACUAAUUGCCAAGAAACUAUACUCAUAGUCCAGGCGUACAAGUAAAAAAAUAAUCCAAUAAUAGACACUCUCGGACUACAAUCUUAAAAUCUAGUCGUGCCUGUAAUAAUUUUUUUAAACCUACACUCUUGGAUUAAAAUUUAUUAUUCAACUAGUAAUCAUUAGUAAACUAGACUAUUUUUUAUAGUAAUGGUCCAGGUAUUGAAUUAAUGAAUUUUUUAUUAAUAGCACUAUUAAAAAGUCCAAUAUGCACUCAUUAUAGUCCAAGUGUCCAAUACUAAAAAAAUACGAAAGUUUCCAUGAAUUAACUAUUUAAUAAUUCAAUCUUACAUCCGUAGUCCAGGCGUGCCUUCAUUAAAAAAAAAUCCAUUAAUGAAACAAAAUUAAGACUUUCAUCCUUAGUCUAUACGCCAGUCUAUAGUCCAGGUGUAUUUGUACUACUGAUAAUAUUUAUAAACACAACUUCCAACAAUUACCAAGAAAUUAUACUUAUAGUCCAGGUGUACCAGUAGUAAAAAAGAUCCAAUAAUUGAACAAAAAUUAGACUUACACAAUUUGACUCCAAUCCUAUAGUCCAGGAGUGCCUGUACUAAAAAAAUUAACUUGUUCUCUUCGUUCAUUACUUGAACAUACGCUAUUGGACUAUUAUUUAUGGUAAUAGAAGUGUUAUUAUUUAAAAAAUAUAUUAACAAAAUUAGACCUACACACUCAUGAUAGUCCAGGUGUUCGAGUGCUAAAAAAAACCAUGAAUUCAACUUUUAAUAAAUCAUCUUAAGUUGAUAGUCCAAGUGUGCUAUUAAUUAAAAAAACUCCAUUUAGAUUUAGAUAAUUUCAAGUUAUUACUUGUGUGCCAUUCCAUCAUCGAAUUCGGCACUUUUCUGCCUAAAAUAUCUCUAAAACUAUCUAAGACAAAACGCAUUUUACUAACUAAGAAUUAAGUUACAAUUUAAAACCGUUUAGAUUACAAGCAAUUUAAUUCAAUAUUCUAAAAGGUGUCCAGGUUUUUGUAAGUAGUAUAUUAUGAUCAAUGUUAUCAAAGGAGUUGGUAAACACCACAUUCAUCUGAUCCGUUCUAUUCAAAAUAUCAAUAAUUGCGUAGGUCAGUAGCCUCAGAAAGCCAUGCUGAGGUUCAUACAUUUUUCCCAAGCAAUUAAAUACAAUUUUAAGUAAUUUUUUCCUUUUCUAGACUUUCUAACUCAUUUUCCUAUUCAUGGCUAGUACCUAUGGACAGAAUUUAUUCAUUAAUCAGUCGUUUUUCGAGAAUGAGCUCUGAAUUUCCUAGACUACCUUUGAGUAUCUCAUCCAUCCCGUGAAUAUCAAAUUCAGUUAGAAUUUCUUUUAUUGGAUAUUCUGUAAGAAAAUUUUUCAAUUAUUUUAGAGGAGGACGAAACGAACUCAAAGUCUUAUGCAAGACCUUUCAAAUUUUUGCCUCAUUUUUAAUCAAGAAUAUUCAAUUAAAAUACACGUACGGACACCACUGAUAAGAAAAUCUUUCAAAACCAAAGGUGACUUUUGAUACUCCUAAGGCGUGCUCCAAAUUUCGUAAAAAUAUCUCAUUUAAAACCCUUUAUUGCUUUUUUUCUAAAAUUAAACACAGCGAUUCGGAACACCCUGUAUAUUAAAAACAAGUGAGCUUCUUUCGCAAUGUUCCUUUGCCAAUUUAACUGUCGUUUAGAGAACUUUAUUGGGUCAAAAUCACUGCUUCACAAAAGUAUUUGGUGCUUAAAAUUAUCGAUUUAAUUAUUUAGGUAUUUGGCACUGCACAAAGUUUAGGCCGCUAUUUUUUUGUGAUUUUCUAUUAUUGUUUUUUUUUGCAAUAUAUUAAAUUAUAUAUAUAUAUGUUUAGUUGCAAUAUUCAUAUAAGUAAACACUGCCAUACCUUUGGCCUAUUCUACUUACAUACAUGCGUUAUUAGUCGGCUGAACAACUUUAUUAUCGGCUUUUAUUAUUAUUUGUAUAGUUUAGUUUAUAAAUAAUUUUGGCUACCCGUUUGUUUGGAAAUUCAUCAAGUAUUUUUAAAUUUAUUUUAAAGCCUUAUAUUGUUUAUAUUUUCUAUUAUUAAUUAAUAGUUAAAUGAGAAAAAAAGUGUAUUUUUAUGUAGUUGUAAUAACUAAUCGAUUAUAUAUUUUUACUUCA